GAGAGACGCUGACUCCUGUUUAGAGCAGAGAGACGCAGCCUGCGUUCACCGAGGGCGAGCCGCGUGAUUUUUCAUCCUCCUGGAUUUUACGCGCGGCCAGACUCCCCCCCUCCGCCACCGUCUUCCUCCACGUCUUUUCUCCUCUCGUCUGCGUGGGAAGAAGAAGAAGAAGAAGAAACACUUUCACAAAAAAGAGAGGGGCAAACGCGUGGACACGCUCUCCCUCCCACCCCUUGCCGAGGUCGUCUAGCUUUGGGAAGCUUGGAGACCCGUUCUCCUGCGUGGCACAAGUCUGGUGUUUUCUUUCAGCUGCGAAGCCAAAGCGACGAGCAAAAGAGGAGCUGGGAAUUAUUAUUAUUAUUUUUAUUGUUAUUUAAUAAACAACAACAAUUGUUGGCGACCUUAAACCAUCUGAGCUGACUGGAUCAAGGAAGGAGGAAAAGAAGGGGGUUUUCAUUCAUUUUCCAACCUUCCAGCCACCACCCCUGUGGAUCUGUUCCUGCCCCCACCUUCCUCCUCCGUUUCCCCCCCUCAUCAUCCUCAUCCAGUGUUUCUCACUGUUGUGGAGCUUUAAUUUCUGUGAAGCUUUAUUUAUUUCUUUGUGCUGGUGGACUUUUGCCGUCUGGAUUUUUAUUUUUGUUGUUGUUGUUUUUCUUGUUUUUGUUUUUCAUCUGAACGGCAGGCCUGAACGCACCGGAGGCGCGCUGCUGUUUUCAGGAGAUGGAGAAUGAAGAUGGAGAUUACCAUCAUUUCUUCAGGAUAAACACUGGCCUGUGUGCCACAGCAGCCAAAGUGCACAGUGACCGAGAGAAACAGCAAACUGUUUUUUAGUAUUUAACAACAACAACCUUAUUUUUUAAAAAAAAAUAUAUAUUUAAUGUUAAUUUCAAGCCUGGAAAAUCGAGCACGCGUUUGCAGGCUGCCUAAGAGCAGCCUCUUCUAGGCUACUUUAUUCUUAUUCUCUUUUUAAAUUAUAAACAUCCCUUUUUUUAUUAUUACUUUUUGCUAGAACUGGGUGUUAUUUUGAGUUUUCUGCCCCACAUUUUUUUUCCCUGAUUUCCCUUAGAGGAAAAUAAUGAUCUGGAAGGAGAGAUCAGUCACACCGAUGGGCAGCCUGACCUUGUUUUGGGGUUUGCUGCUGCUGUCUGUCUCCACUAUCAGCUCCACACAUGGAGAGAUUUGCAGCCCGAGCAUUGACAUCCGAAAUGACAUCAGUGAAUUAAAACGGCUGGAGAACUGCACGGUAGUGGAAGGCUAUCUUCAGAUCCUCUUAAUUACAGAGAAGACGAGUAACAUCAACCAGGAGGUCUUCAGCUCCCUCAGCUUCCCAAAGCUGACUGUCAUCACCGACUACCUGCUCUUGUUUCGCGUCCCCGGCCUGGACAGCCUCAGCACCCUCUUCCCCAACCUUAGUGUCAUACGUGGACAGAAUCUUUUCUACGACUACGCCUUGGUGAUCUACGAGAUGACCAGCCUGAAGGAUAUAGGCCUGUACAACCUGAGGAACAUCACCCGUGGAGCCGUGCGGAUUGAGAAGAACCCAGAGCUCUGCUACCUGGACUCGGUGGACUGGUCUCUGAUUAUGGAUGCCGAGGUUAACAAUGUUUUAAGUGGGAACAAGAAGGCAAAGGAGUGCGACAACGUGUGCCCGGGCAUCAUGGGGGAUAACCCUCUCUGUCAGAGGACGUCGAUCAAUGACAACAGUGACUACCGCUGCUGGACUUUGAACCAGUGCCAGAAAGUCUGUCCGGAGCAGUGCAAGUUGGCAUGCACCAACAAGGGAGACUGUUGCCACAGCCAGUGCCUGGGCAGCUGCACGGAGCCCAAUAACGACAUGGCCUGCUCUGCCUGCAUCCACUACAACCACGAGGGUCGCUGUGUGCCCGACUGUCCCCCGGGAACCUACAGGUUUGAGGGCUGGCGCUGCAUCACCAUGGACCUGUGCGCGCAGGUGCACCUGCCCAGCGAUCCUCACUUCGUCAUCCACGACGGAGAAUGCAUGCCCGAGUGUCCCUCCGGUUUCAAACGCAACGAGAUUAAUCGCAUGCUGUGCACCGCGUGCAACGGCCUGUGUGACAAACUCUGCCCGUCCCUCGUCGUGGCAUCUGUGGACACCGCUCAGUCCCUGAAGGACUGCACCGUCAUCGACGGAAACCUGAUCAUCAACCUCCGCAGUGGGAAUAAUAUUGCUGCUGAGCUGGAGAAAUUCAUGGGAUUGAUCCAGAAGGUGACGGGCUUCGUGAAGAUUCAAAACUCCCAUGCGCUCAGCUCGCUGUCGUUCCUCAAGAGCCUUCGUUACAUCAAUGGGCACGAGCUUUUUGAGAAUAUGUAUUCCUUCUCCGUCUUCAACAACCAGAAUCUGCAGUCUUUGUGGGACUGGAGUGAGCACAAUCUGACUAUUGAAGCGGGGCGUCUCUUCUUUCGCAAAAACCCCAAACUCUGCAUGUCUGUGAUUCACACCAUGUGGGAGAACACGGGCAUACAGGUGAAGCCAGGGGAAGGUGACUUCCUCAACAACGGAGAAAGAGCAAACUGUGAAAGUCAUAUUUUGAAGUUCAAGUCUAAUGCCACAACGAACGACACGAUCACACUCACAUGGGAGCGCUACCAGGUCCAGGAGAACGAAGGCCUCAUCAGCUUCAUAGUCUACUAUAAAGAGUCACCGUUCCAGAACAUCACAGAGUUUGACGGCCAAGACGGCUGCGGCUCAAACAGUUGGAACAUGGCGGACAUUGACCUUCCCAAGGUUGAAAGCACAGACCCAACGUUCACCCUUCAAGAUCUCAAGCCCUGGACCCAGUACGCAAUUUUUGUGAAGGCCAUCACCCUGCAGGUGGACAACAAACACAGCUCUGGGGCCAAAACGGAUAUUAUUUAUAUUCGAACACGCCCAUCAUUGCCGUCUGUGCCCAACGAAGCCCACGCAUUCGCCAACUCUUCAACCAAGCUGCUAGUGAAGUGGUUACCACCGACCUUUCCUAACGGAAAUCUGAGUUACUACCUGGUGCGCUGGCAGCAGCUGCCUGAGGACAGGAGGCUCUUCCAAUAUAACUACUGCUCAAAAGUGCUGAAGAUCCCAACCCCGAUCCCGGCAUCAGGACUCACAGAUGUGGAAGACAAGACGAAGCCCACCAAGUCGGACCUGACCGGAGAGAAGCGGGGCCUUUGCUGCACCUGCCCGAAGACGACCGAAGACGUUGACAGGGAGAAGCAUGACCGCUACUUUUUAAAAGUCUUUGAGAACUUUCUGCACAACGCCAUCUUUCUCCCAAGACCUCAAGACCGUCGACGGAGAGAUGUUUUCGGUGUCGCCAACAACACUCUGUUUCCAGAGAUCAGUCAAGGAAAUACCUCAUACGGCCACAAAGAUAACAAUACAGAUGGGAUCCCUCCUGUCAUCGAGUACCCCUUCUUAGAGGACAAAACUUUGGCAGAACACUUAGAAAUCUCCGGACUGCGACCUUUCACUGUCUAUCGUAUUGACGUCCACGCCUGUAACGAGGAGGUGGGAGACGACUGCAGCAUCGGCGCCUUUGUGUAUGCCAGGACUAAACCUGCAGCCAAAGCAGAUGACAUCCCAGGAAAGGUUGUUUUCGAGAGGAGUGAAAAAACUGAAGGCUGUGUGGUUCUGCACUGGCCGGAGCCCGUCAUGCCCAACGGGUUCAUACUGAUGUAUGAGAUCAAGUACCGUCUGGGGACUGAGCCUGAAAAACACAGCUGUGUGUCCCGACAGCAGUACCGUCAGUACAAAGGAGCUCGUCUGACCAACCUGAGCCCAGGAAACUACUCGGCUCGUGUCCGAGCCACGUCCCUGGCAGGAAACGGCUCGUGGACAGAAAGCGUCUCUUUCUACGUGCCUCCGCCUAAACGAGAUGAUUACGCUACACUGUAUUUGGUCAUCAUACUUCCUAUCAUCGCCACCCUUCUCAUCGCCAGCCUCACCACCAUUCUCUUCUUUAUCAACAAAAAGAGGAACAACAACAGACUCGGGAACGGAGUUCUGUACGCAUCUGUCAACCCAGAGUACAUCAGCGCGGCAGAAAUGUACACUCCGGAUGAGUGGGAGGUGGCCAGGGAAAAGAUCACGAUGCACAAGGAGCUGGGUCAGGGUUCCUUCGGCAUGGUGUACGAAGGCAUCGCUAAAGGCGUCGUCAAGGACGAGCCCGAGACGCGGGUGGCCAUCAAGACGGUCAACGAGUCGGCCAGCAUGAGGGAGCGGAUCGAGUUUCUGAACGAGGCGUCUGUCAUGAAAGAGUUCAACUGUCAUCACGUGGUGCGGCUGCUGGGUGUGGUCUCUCAGGGACAGCCGACCUUGGUGAUCAUGGAGCUGAUGACCCGUGGAGACCUCAAGAGCCACCUGCGCUCUCUGCGGAAUGAGAACUCCACCACUCAGGUCUUGCCGCCUCUGAAGAAGAUGAUCCAGAUGGCGGGGGAAAUCGCCGACGGCAUGGCUUACCUAAAUGCCAACAAGUUUGUCCACAGAGACCUGGCUGCCAGGAACUGCAUGGUAACGGAGGACUUCACGGUGAAAAUCGGAGAUUUUGGCAUGACCAGAGAUAUUUACGAGACGGAUUACUACCGGAAAGGAGGGAAGGGCCUGCUGCCUGUUCGCUGGAUGUCUCCCGAGUCCCUGAAAGAUGGCGUCUUCACUACAAUGUCUGAUGUCUGGUCGUUUGGCGUCGUGUUGUGGGAGAUCGCUACUUUGGCAGAGCAGCCGUACCAGGGCAUGUCCAACGAACAAGUGCUGCGCUUCGUCAUGGAAGGAGGACUCCUGGACAAACCGGACAACUGCCCGGACAUGCUGUUUGAACUGAUGCGGAUGUGUUGGCAGUACAACCCGAAGAUGCGCCCGUCCUUCUUGGAGAUCAUCAGCAGCAUCAAAGAGGACCUGGACCCCCACUUCAGGGACGUCAGUUUCUUCUUCAGCGAGGAGAACAAGCCCCCGGACACGGAGGAGCUCGACAUGGAGGUCGAGAACAUGGAGAACAUUCCACUGGACUCUGUUUCCACGAGGCAGCCGUCUGCUGCUGCCGCUCACCCGUCUGGGUGCUCGGGGGGCGCGUCGCCCCCGCCCGCCCAGCAGCUAUCGCCUGCGCAAGGCCCAAGUACUCCAUUGCUAGGACCCGUUUCCCCGUCGUCCCCGCCUGGGACGUCUUCGGGACAAGGCUCGAACAAGCACUCAGGACACGCGUCGCCCAACGGGCCCGUGGUGGUCCUACGGCCCAACUUUGAUGAGCUGCAGCCGUACGCACACAUGAACGGGGGCAGGAAGAACGAACGGGCGUUACCGCUGCCCCAGUCGUCGGCCUGCUGAUAUCAGUCCAGCCCUUCUGUUAGUAUUUUUUUUUCCUCCUCGCUACAGGGUAACUACAACCUCUCUCGGUCUCCUAAGGAGGAAUGGAUGAGGUAUGGAAAUGACUUUGUUCUACUGUGUGCCAGUAGACGGGUCUCUCUGCUCCUUUUUUAGGGAGUGAAGACGACCAGAAACUACAAACUGUAAAAACUGUCAAACAGCACAGAAACCUGCUGAGGCAUUUGGAGUUUGGUGGCUCAGAAACACUGGGGGAUUCCUUCCUGUGCAACCUGCAUUUCAAAUAUAAACUUAGGGCAAUAUAAACUUCAAGAGUAGACUUUCUUUUU